CCCACUUCAUGGAGGCCAGUACCUCACACUAGUGCUCUCGGAGAUCCCGCCACUCCUGUCCCCCACCCGGCGCCCCAGCCAGGCCUGAGAUCAUGAGGCAGCCGCCAGCUGUGGCCCUGCUCCUGCUGCUGCUGCUGCUUCGGUUUGGGACUCAGAUGACCAAAGCAUUGAACGGUAAGCAGCAAGACCUCUGGGUGGGGGACAGGAAUAGGCUUGAAGCAGCAAGACUGGCCAGAGGCUCUCACACUCAUCCGGAAGGAGACCCAGGAAGCCACUUCUGUGGGGGCAGCCUCAUCACAGAUCGGUGGGUCCUCACCGCGGCGCAUUGCUUCUCCAACUCUCUGCUCUUUCCCACCAGCACCUCUGAAACAUCCUUGUACCGGGUCCUGCUGGGGGCACGGCAGCUGGUGAAGCCGGGACCACAUGCCACGUAUUCUCGCGUGAAGCGGGUGAAAAGCAACCCCCUAUACCAGGGCAUGGCCUCCAGUGCCGAUGUGGCCCUGGUGGAGUUGGAGGCACCUGUGACCUUCACCAAUUAUAUCCUCCCCGUGUGCAUGCCUGACCCCUCGAUCAACUUUGAGUCGGGCAUGGAAUGCUGGGCCACUGGCUGGGGCAGCCCCAGUGAGCAAGAUCGCUUGCCUAACCCUCGAAUCCUCCAGAAACUCGCUGUGCCCAUCAUUGACACGCCCAAGUGUAACCUACUCUACAGCAAAGACGCUGAGUCCGGCUUUCAGCCGAAAACCAUCAAGGACGACAUGCUGUGUGCUGGCUUCGCUGAGGGCAAGAAGGACGCCUGCAAGGGUGACUCAGGAGGCCCCCUGGUGUGCCUGGUGGACCAGUUGUGGCUACAGGCUGGAGUGAUCAGCUGGGGUGAGGGCUGUGCCCGCCGGAACCGCCCAGGUGUCUAUAUCCGAGUUACCUCCCAUUAUGACUGGAUCCAUCGGAUCAUCCCGGAACUGCAGUUUCGGCAUGCCAGGUCGGGCGGCCUGAAGCGGGGGCCCCGGGUCCAGCAGCCACGCGUUCAAAGCUUUGCACCCUGCCUGGCGGCCCACACUGUCCUCCUGGUCCUCAUGGCCCUACUCACCUGCUUCUGAGCCCUGCUCAGGCAGGUAGGCCAGUGUAGCCGCCGGAGCCCACAUGUACAUUUGUAAAUAGCUGUUUCUCUCUUCUUUCAAAUGCCAGUUAUUUUUAUUUAUGUUCACCCUCCAAUAAAAACCUAACCUCAG